AUAUGCUCUGGUGACACUGACAGAAACAUGCGUGAACAAAGCGAAAGGUAACGAAAGAAAAGGGUGUCACUAAUGGAAAAGUUUCCACUCUCCUGCCGUUGAAAACAGCCAAGCGAACAGAGAAAGACAUUAAAUAGCAGCUCAAUUCAGUUGGGGACUUGCGGUUUUCAGAAUUUCAAGUCUUUCUAUCACUCGUAUUAUUAAGUAUUAGUAUUAUUAUUAUUUUUGCAUUUAUAACAAACAAGCUUCUCUUCCAUCCCUCUCUUCUUUCAUUCUCACCUAAUCUCUCUCCCAACAAAUCUCAAACUCACAAAAGACAAAAUAAAAAAAAGAGAAAAAAAAAAGAAGGAAAAAGUCAGUAAGAAAUACCCUGAAAGUCUUCAACUUUGCUGCAGAAAGCUAUGGUACUUGGUUCAGUUGCUUGGACGAUCUCUUGAUUUUUCUUCAAUCUUACAUCUCUAAUUCCCCCCAAAGGCUAAAGCUUUAUACAAUCAUGGGGAAUCGUUUCGUUUGCAUGACAAAAAAGGAUGCCAAAGAUAAUCAUGGAUCGAGAAGCAAGAGGUUGGGCAGGUCCCAGAGAAAGUUGUUGGCAGAGGAAGAGUUCCUGCACAGGCAAGCUCUUUCUAUGGCAAUUCAUCAACACCAAUUGUCUCAGAGAUUUGAUGGAUCCAUGUCCAGGAGGAUUGGCUCCACCAGCUCUCGAAGACGAAAUCUAUCUGAUCCUUUCUCUAACGGAAAACAGGUGCCGGACCUUCUGGAAAGUAUCAAGCUAAAAAAGUUUAUUCUAAUACAUGGAGAAGGGUUUGGGGCUUGGUGUUGGUACAAAACGAUUGCGCUGUUAGAAGAAGCAGGGUUGGUUCCCACUGCUAUAGACCUAAUAGGAUCUGGUAUUGAUCUGACGGAUACAAACACUGUGGCAACGUUGGCAGAUUAUUCAAAACCUUUGAUUGAUUAUUUGGAAAAUGUUCCUGAGGAUGAAAAGGUUAUUUUGGUUGGUCAUAGCAGUGGAGGUGCGUGCAUCUCAUAUGCACUAGAGCAUUUUCCACACAAGAUCUCAAAAGCUAUUUUUAUCUGUGCUACAAUGGUGUCUGAUGGUCAGAGGCCUUUUGAUUUGUUUGCUGAAGAGCUUGGAUCUGCUGAACGUUUCAUGCAAGAAUCAGAGUUUUUGAUAUAUGGGGAUGGUAGAGACAAGCCUCCUACAGGAUUUAUGUUCGAGAAACAGCAAAUGAAAGGUUUAUAUUUCAAUCAAUCAUCAACAAAGGAUGUUGCUCUGGCCAUGGUUUGUAUGAGACCCAUCCCACUGGGUCCUAUAAUGGAGAAGCUCUCACUAUCCCCUGAAAAUUAUGGAGCUGGAAGGCGGUUCUUCAUUCAAACAUUGGACGAUCAUGCUCUUUCACCGGAUGUCCAAGAAAAGUUAGUGAGGGAAAAUCCACCAGAAGGAGUCUUCAAGAUUAAAGGAAGUGAUCACUGUCCCUUUUUUUCAAAGCCACAGUCGCUGCACAAAAUCUUACUGGAAAUUGCUCAAAUUCCAUAGAAUACAUAUUUUGAGGAAUUAAGAUAAGUUAUCUGUCUUUUUCCAGUUUGAUAUACAUAGCUUUUAAAAUAUGUUAGGCUAUAUUAAUUGUGGAACGUCGGGGCAAUUUUUCCUACUUUUAGUUAGUUCUUCAUCCUGCAAACUGUGGGUAUAGAAUUAAAAUGUAUGGGUUGAGGUCCUAGGGGAUCACACCUCAUUAUGUUCUUUUAUGCUGGUUAAUUUAAUAUUUACUGUAUUUCUUAUGUUACUUGCUUCCCACAGUAAUUUGCAUUUUUAUUGCUAAA